GAAAUGUUUAAGUUACUAAAAAAAAUAAAAAUUGUUUUAUCUAAAAAAAAAUUGUUAAGAGUAAAAUCCGACUUAAAUCUAAUCGAGCUUAAAAGAAUUGAGUUAUUUUUUGUAAAGAUAAAACUGUAAAGUCUGAUUUUCUAAACAUAGAAAAAGACAUAAACCACCCUUCACGUCACUCCCACGCCCCCAAGACACACGCCAUGAGAGGCCACAGGUGCGAGCGAUCCCGAUCAGAAACCGACACCGAAACAGACUCCGAAACCGAAACGAUGCGAUGCAUAUCGUGCAAGGAAGAGUACGGAACAAUAGACGCAGGCACGUGCAAAGAGUGCUACGAGGAAGCAAGCGAAACGGAAGAAGAGCUGAAAAGAGAAAUCGAAGAUCUCAAAGCUAAAGUUGCUUUCUUGCGAUUCUGGUCUCCACUUGACCACCACCAUAGUAAUAGGUCUACGGGGCCUUGCUUCACCGACGUCGUUUUAAUUGCUUCUUCUGAUGAUGGGCCAACUGGGUCCCCUGUUCCUGUCCCUGCACAUAAAGCUGUUUUGGUGAGCCGUUCCCCAGUGUUUAAAGCAAUGCUUGAGAAUGAGAUGGAAGAAAGCCAUAGUGGCACAAUCAAGAUUAGCGAUGUAUCAUAUGAUGCCCUCCGCAUGUUUAUCAACUAUUUAUACACUGCUGAAGCAUGCCUUGAUGAACAAAUGGCAUGUGACCUUUUAGUUUUGGCUGAAAAGUAUCAGGUUAAGCAUCUCAAAGCUUAUUGUGAGAAGUUCUUAGUGUCCAAAUUGAAUUGGAACAAUUCAGUUCCAAGCUAUGCCUUUGCACACCUGCACAAUGCUAAGCAUAUGACUGAAGCUGCGCUGUCAUUAAUCACAGACAACAUGGACAAGCUUACCAAGAGGGAGGAGUACAAGGAGCUUGUUGAAAAGGAUCCUCGGCUUGUAGUGGAGAUUUAUGAAGCUUAUCUCUCCAAACAGGUUAAUACAGCAGCACCAAGAAUUCUUCCGUGAGACCAUUCGCAAGUAUGGUUUUUUUUUUCUUUUCUUUCUUUUGGUAUACUGCCUGAAGCAAGAAUCAUUUUUUAUUUUGAGGUAUCAUUGCUUUGGUGUAAAAAUGUAGCUUAAACUUGGCAACAUUGCAGUGGGUUUAGUGGAAAAUUUGUACUGCUGGGAGUGAGGGGAAAUUUGCACAGCGUGCCUGCACCAGGAAUGACAGAUUUUGCUGUUCAUGAUAUCAUCUAAUUUUAUCAAUAUAAUCACAAAAAAUUUUAUGUCCAAA